AUGACGCAAUUAAGUGCUCCAAAAGCUCCUAAAAAGGAGCUAGCGAUGCCUGUUCCUGCUUCUUACGAUCCGCAUUAUGUUGAACAAGGAUGGAUGGACUGGUGGUUAUCUCAGGGCUAUUUUAGCCCCUCAGACAGAACAGAGAUGCGAUCGAAUUCAUCAGGUGUACAGACACCUGAAGAAAGGAGAAGAGCAGCAGCAGCUUUCGCUCAAGCAUCCGCAGAAUCUCAAAAAUUUAUUAUGGUGAUUCCUCCGCCUAACGUCACGGGCUGUCUACACAUCGGGCACGCAUUAACUGUCGCUAUUGAAGACGCUCUUGCAAGAUGGAAUAGAAUGCGAGGGAAAAUCGUCUUGUGGGUGCCUGGCGUUGAUCAUGCAGGCAUCGCCACUCAAUCUGUUGUUGAACGCAUGCUAAUGAAAGAAGAAAAUAAAAGUAGACAUGAUUUAGGAAGAGAAGAAUUCGUCAAAAGAGUAUGGGACUGGAAACAGAAAUACGGAAACACCAUCAUGCAACAAAUACGCCAAGUUGGCAGCAGCGUCGCUUGGGAUUAUUUCGCCUUCACUUUAGAUGAAAAACUUUCUAAAGCCGUCGUUGAGGCCUUCGUUCGCUUGUUCAACAAGGGAUUGAUCUACAGAGAACAACGACUUGUCUCAUGGUCUUCUUGCCUUAAAACUGCUUUAAGUGAUAUUGAAGUCGACGCAGAGACAAUUGAAAAGCCCACAACCGUCCGAAUUCCAGGGUUUGACUAUCCUGUAGAAGUUGGUUAUCUAUGGCAUUUCGUUUACCCAGUUGAAGGCGGCGGAGAAAUUGAAGUGGCUACGACUCGCAUAGAAACGAUGUUAGGAGAUACGGCUGUAGCAGUUAAUCCUAAAGACAGGAAGAGGCUGCUACAUCCUUUCUUUCCGGAACGAGAAAUGCGUGUAAUUGGCGAUGAUUACGUCGAUAUGGAUUUCGGAACCGGCGCUGUAAAAAUUACCCCAGCCCAUGAUAAAAAUGAUUAUGAAAUAGGAAAGAGACACGGGUUGAAAUUUAUAACAAUUUUUUCUCCGGACGGCCACAUAAACGAAGAAGGCGGAGAAUUUGCAGGACAACAUCGAUUUACAUGUCGUUAUAAUAUUCAACAUCGGCUUAAAGAAAUG